AUCGCCCAGGAGACAUCUUUCAGUUUUUACAAAAUUAAAAAAAAAAAUGAUGGAGGAUCACCUGUCGAAGAUCCCCAUGAUGUCGUCUGCUUCCCCCACCGAGUCCUCUGGCAGCGGCGGGACUGACGACAGCAGAGGAGCCAAGAGUCCGGCCCCGGGAAAAGCUCUGAGCCCGGCUCUGGUCUGCAAAGUGUGCGGAGACACCAGCAGCGGGAAGCACUACGGCAUCUACGCCUGCAACGGCUGCAGCGGCUUCUUCAAGCGCAGCGUGAGGAGGAGGCUCAUUUACAGGUGCCAGGCCGGUACAGGCAUGUGUCCAGUGGACAAAGCUCAUCGCAACCAGUGCCAGGCGUGUCGGCUGAAGAAGUGUCUGCAGGCAGGCAUGAACAAGGACGCCGUGCAGAACGAGCGGCAGCCCCGCAGCACAGCUCAGGUCCGUCUCGACUCCAUCGAUGUGGACCCUGAGAAGGAGCACCUGGCCACCACACGAGAGCCCACCUCCUCUUCCUCAUCCUCUUCCUCCUCCUCCUCCUCCUCCUCCUCCUCCAGUGGGUCUGUCAUCACGUGGCCCCACAUCACCUCCUCCAUGUCCAUCACCUCCUCUGUCGCCCCCCAGCGCUGCAUCAGUCCCCAGAACAACCACCGCUUCAUGGCCAGCCUCAUGACGGCCGAGACCUGCGCCAAGCUGGAGCCCGAGGACGUCGACGAGAACAUCGACGUGACCAGCAACGAGCCGGAGCGAGCGUCCUCCGAGUACCACAUGGCUCUGUACCCAUCCAGCUCCGAGAACGUGUACGAGACCUCGGCGAGGCUGCUCUUCAUGUCAGUGAAGUGGGCCAAGAACCUGCCGGUGUUUUCCAACCUGCCCUUCAGAGACCAGGUGAUCCUGCUGGAGGAGGCGUGGAGCGAGCUCUUCCUGCUCUGUGCCAUCCAGUGGUCCCUGCCUCUGGACAGCUGCCCGCUGCUCUCCCUGCCGGACCUCUGCCCCGGCAUGCAGGGCAAAACCAGCUACACCGGGCUGGACCUGCGCCUCCUGCAGGAGGUGUUCAGCCGCUUCAAGGCCCUCGCCGUCGACCCCACGGAGUUCGCCUGCCUCAAGGCCAUCGUGCUCUUCAAGCCAGAGACUCGUGGUCUGAAGGAUCCAGAACAAGUGGAGAACCUGCAGGACCAGUCUCAAGUGAUGCUGGGACAACACAUCCGCUCACACUACCCCAGUCAACCAGCCAGGUUUGGAAAGCUGCUUCUUCUUCUGCCGUCUCUGCGUUUUGUGACCUCGGAGCGGAUCGAGCUGCUGUUCUUCCACAGGACCAUCGGAAACACUCCCAUGGAAAAACUCUUGUGUGACAUGUUCAAAAACUAAAACAGCGUUUCCCAGAAGUCCAUGCAGUCGUGAUUGUUCUCCAGUUUCGGAGGGUUGAUAUUUGGCACAUGUUUUUGCUUUGUAUUUCUGUACACAUAUCAGAGAUUCUGCGUGCUGUUAUGUUUUUUAAAGGCCACUUUACUGUGUUGUUCCCGCAUCAGGUCACUCUGAAAAAUGAGAAUGCAGCUCAGUUCUUAUCACCGUGCUUGCUGUCUGUUUGUAUCAUAUGUAGACUUUGAUUUGUGUCUGAAGUGACUCACGUUCACGUUUCAUCCUGUAGCAUUUCAUUAUUUUUGUGUUUUUCCGUGACGCUGCAGAUCUUUAUUCGUUUGUUGAUAGAUGGACAGUACAUCUCUGCUGUUACAUUCAUGUUGUCAUGUCUUGAUAAAGUAAAAAAUGUUCGAAAGUGUUCUUUUUG